AAAAGAGAGCAAGGCAUGGGCGGCUGCGCGCGGGGCUGGGCUUGCCUCGCGGCUCCCGCGGCGCAAGGAUGGGCCCCUUGGCGGGCCUGGCUCCGUCUCCAUGGCAACGUCGAGGCGGCGGCCUGCUGCGGGCGGCGCGGCAAGGGCAGCGGCGGAGACCCCUUCGCGGGGGCCCGUCGGCGGCAGCAGGAGGACUGGAGGCACCGCAACAAGACGGUGCUGACGUACCUGGCGGCCGGCGUCGUGGGCGUGGCGGGCAUGUCCUACGCGGCCGUGCCGCUUUACCGCCUCUACUGCCAGGCUACUGGACUUGGAGGGUCAGCAGUAGCAGGCCAUGGUUCAGGAGAGAUUGAGACAAUGGUACCUGUUAAAGAUCGCAUCAUUAAGGUUACCUUCAAUGCAGAUGUACAUGCAAGCCUUCAGUGGAAUUUCAGACCUCAGCAGACUGAAGUAUAUGUGGUUCCAGGAGAGACCGCACUGGCAUUUUAUAAAGCAAAGAAUCCCACUGAUAAACCAAUAAUUGGAAUCUCUACCUACAAUGUGGUACCUUUUGAAGCUGGGCAGUAUUUCAACAAGAUACAAUGUUUUUGCUUUGAAGAACAACGACUUAAUCCCCACGAAGAAGUGGACAUGCCGGUAUUUUUCUUCAUUGAUCCUGAAUUUGCAGAAGACCCAAGGAUGGCCAGUGUUGACUUGAUCACUCUUUCUUACACAUUUUUUGAAGCAAAGGAAGGACAGAAACUGCCACUCCCCGGUUAUAACUAAUAGUACAGCAGCCAGACACUGCAGUGGAGAUUCUCUGCUAUUCAAUAUUCGUGAUCUACAGACUGCAAAAGCACAUUCCUUAACUCAGUAGGAAGUUGCUUAAAAACGGUAAAAGUUGUGUUUUAGAAAUUGAAUCAUAUAGAGAUUUGAAGAUGCGAUGUUUAAUUUUGCACACAGGAACCAUGAUUAUGAAUAAUAAUUAUAAAAUGCAUGUAGAGGGUGGUAUUUUCAAAUCUAAUUUAAUUUUAGACACUGCUAAAACUCCUUUAGCUGUUUGCAAUAUAUCAGAGGUAGCACUCAUCUAUAAAUUAUGUGAAGGUUUGUAACCAAAGUGCAGAUGCCAUAUGAAAUGUUAUGCUGAAACUCAGCUGUUCUGUGCCAUCUAUGUUAUAUUCUCGUAAACUGAACUCAAAAGAAUCUGUAACCAACCCAGAAUCAAAGGAAACCACCUCUUGUAAGUUCCCUGAUUAUUCUUUUUAGACCUAUUUUUUUUUCUUCCUCCCAGCCAUAACUCUUUCCUCCUACUAUUCCCUUCUGUUAAAGUGACAUUGAAGGUUAGCAUAUUAAACUUUGGUACUAUUCUUAGAGCUGCAUUGG